AUGGGAGCGGCCAUCCCGAAAGCAGUGCUUGGUGUUGAGUUGCUUAAAAGGAAAAUGGCCCCAAUGCAUAGGAUAGAUUUAAGUCCCUUAAAGAUUAUCCCCAUCAUCACUAUUGUUCUCUCGAGAUGUCCUUUAAAUGAUGAGAAGUCUCCGAUUAAAAUCCACAAACAAGAGAAUUAUAGAAACCACAGUCGGUUACAAGUUUCGCCGAAUAGGGUGUCUAACUUCAAAUCAAAGAAACCAAAAUCAGUGCAGGUGUGGCGACGAGUGAGUCCAAAUUUGAUUCCAGACUCGUCAAUGGAUUUAGAUUGUAUUGUUGACAGUGUAACAGUGGAUACAAAUCAGAAUAGUGUUGAGUCUGUGGUGGUCAGUACUACUAAACUAGAGGUAACACAUCUCCACGAGACGGAAAAUCAGUGGAUAAAUGAGAAUAGUGCAGAGCUGAAUACUCAAUUAUCGGUGGAAUCCACUUGCUAUGUUAAUGAGGCUGAUGUAAAUAAAUGGUGGCAAAGGAAAAAGGUUCUCAGGUCGUUAAGCCGAGUUAAGCUCCAAAAAUCUGGCGUCAGUUGGUUGGAAAAAUCUGAAAAAUUACCAAUAGUUAGCAAGAGAAGGUCCAACCUUACACACAUCCUCAGGGACCCUGAUGUAUCUCGCUCAAGUAGCAAGAGGAAAGCAUAG